AGUUUCCAUCCUCGACUGGGGAUCGAUUGAUUUGUCCAGACCCUGUGCAUAUGUCAUGAAGGUAACCGGCUACAUCAAAAUUACCGAGCCGGGAACCAAAAUUACCAAAACUAAUUAAAUAACGGUGAUUUAUGAACUGUUUAGUAUCUGUGAAAGUGCACAAAUGUGGGAAAAUGAAACAAGCUGCUGAACGUAACUUCUAGGGAUCCUCCAAAAAGUUUACUGAAAAAAUCUCAGUAAAUGACCACCAUAUUACUGAGAUUAUAUUUCAUCCCAUAUCAUCUCAUCUCAUCCCAUAUCAUCUCAUCUCAUUUCAUAUGAUUUAAUUUCAUUUCAUAAUAUCAUUUUUCAUAUAAAAAAUAUAUAUAAAAGGUUAAGAUGUAUGGAAUGACAUCUUUGCCUUUCCACUUGAAAGAAUAAAACUACUAACUAUCUAUCAUGUAAUUAUUUUGAAUUUGUUGUCAAAAAUCUUAACAUAUAUCAACAAAAAUAUUUGUUUUAUUUAGGUAUUGAAGCAAAGAGGAAACUAUUUCACAACUUACGAUGUAAAUUGCUAUAAAACAUAAUGGUUAAUUAUUGCUGUGUAUCGGGUUGCGGAAGAAACAGUAGAAAUUAUAAACUUUUAAAUUAUUAUUGUUUACCAAAAGAAGAGGAGAGACAAAAGGAAUGGUUGAAACUAGCAAAUAGACUAGAUCUACUGGAAAAGAAACCCGAUGUCCGCCUGAGAUAUAGGGUGUGUUCCAGACAUUUCGCUCAGUCCAGUAUAAAGAACAAACACUUGCACGCUGAUGCUGUACCAAGUCUACAUUUACCAGGGGAAGAUGGAGAAACCGGAAGCAGUGAAGAAGAGCUACACCAUGAAAACAUAGUAUGCAAUGGAUGUAAGAAACCAGUAUAUGGUUUCCGUUAUAAGUGUCUCACAUGCCCCGAUUACGAUUUAUGUUCCACUUGUGAGGUCCUGGAGGAGCAUCCCAAUCAUUAUAUGAUCAGGAUACCAAAGCCUCUCAAAUUUAAAACGAUUCAAGACAGAAUACAGAACUUACAGAAUGUAUUCAGACAAGAGUCCCUGAACGAUCCUGACAGCAGCGAUGAUGAGCCCAUAACCAAGUAUGUCAAGAAAUAUGAUAGUGGUGUGGACUUGUCGGAUGAUGUGAAGAAUGAUAUAAGGAAUGAAGUGUCAAUGAUGCUGAAUCGUCAGCAAGAGCAAAAGAAGGUGAAAAAGAGCAGAAUCGGUAAAAAGCGAGGGAGUGAAGCUGAGAGGCCUAUGAAAAAGCAGAAGGUAGAAGUUGCAGCAUCUGGUAUUAGAGAUGAAAUACCAGAGGUAGUGUUUGCGGACGUGAAUGAAGCUAAUAACAGUGCUAUGGAAAUUAAACAUGAAGUUCCAGUUUUUUAUGUUCCUAACGCUGAAGAUACAGCACAACCCACAAUACAAAUGAAAUUGAGUGACGACCUCUCCAUGCUCGUGAUAGAUAUGAAUAACCAGAAAACUUUGUACAGUUUAUAGAUAUAAAUAAAUUUAACUA